GCACAACACCUGUGGUGCAGUGGCACGGAUCAGUUCAGUCUUAAACGGGCGGGAUCGACAGAUAGAUCGCGACAGUCGCAAGAAACGCGAGAAACGAUUAAAAGAACGUGCAAUUUGAUCAGUAUUUUAGUGAGCUGCGAAAGAACUGCGAGUGUGACGUUCAAAUUUAGUGUUUUACGAGGUCGAAUGAAUUGUCGUUGAAAAUUCGCUCCCUCUGUGCAGUGCAUUAGACAAUGCCAUAUGAAGGCUGGUGAAGAUUUCACGGCAAUCGAGUUGUCGGCCAAUUUUCUUGUUCAUUAAUAAUCAAAAAGUCGUGAUAUUGUGCAACGGCGCUCCCUUUGUUCGAAUUAAUUCGAUAUACUAGCCGGGGAUUUUGUGAUGCGGUAUCUUUCCGUUGGCGGAUUAUAAGAAACGAUACCAUCAUAACAUGUGUAUAUGAACUACUUUUAUAGGAACUGCAACGUUUGAACCAGUUAUAAGAUAUAAUUACCUCCGCCGAUCGACUUUCAAAAAGCUUUACACAAUGAGGCACACAGUUCCCAACAUAUUGGCAAGCUUACUGGUACUCUGGCUGAACCCGACUAUUGCUCAACGAGACGUAUUUCGGUUAUUCGAAAACUGUCGAUAUGGAAAGCCAGACUUCGAUCCGUGCGUUAAGAAAGCAUUCAACGCUGUCAGGCCGUGGUUCAAAUUAGGUAUACCGGAGCUCAACGUAGCUCCGUUCGAUCCUCACAAAGCAUCAUUCGUCGAGCAAAUCCGCGGAGACAGAGAAGGAUUCGCAGGCUAUCGACUGAAACUGUCCAAUGUGUCCGAAUAUGGGUGGACCGCAUCGGAGGUGACCAAAUACAAGACUGAUCAUAAGAACAAUCGUAUCAUCUACUCACAAUACUUCCCCGAGAAAUCGUUGGAUGGAGAAUACGAUUUCCAGUCCAAGCUGCUGGGUCAACCGUGGCACACGAAAGGCAUUUGGAAUUUGACCCUCUACGACUACAGCCAAACGACGACGGUGACGCGGCUGGGAGGACAAGGUUCGCUACUCAAGGUGCGCGUAGUGAUAGACAAAAUAGGGGAUAUGAAGCUGCACAUUUCGGAUCUGUUCCGUGGAGCGAAAUUCCCAGAGUCUAUUGCGGAUUUCGUCAUCAACACUAUGUGGCAACCGAGCUUUCCAUUCAUCAAACCGUUGAUAAACGAUUUGGUUAGUGUAGCGUUUACGGAUAUUUUCAACGAAUCCUUCCGAUAUUUCCCUCUGCACGAAGUGAUACGUUCGUAGGGAUAGAGCACAACAUUCAAGAACUGAAAUAAAACCCUCGUUUAAGUGAAUCGCAAA